AUGGUCAUGCAAAUCAGCAAGAUGCUUUCCCUCACCAUGCUUUUGGGAUGCUUCGGUGCAGUCGCCGAGAGCCAAGACCCGAGGAUGAUGCGAUAUGAAGCCCGCGUCGAUGCGAAUGGGGUGGACUUCAGCACAUUCAAUGCAGAUUCUUGUACUCCGAUGUGCCUGUUCCGGACCAUUCCGCCCAUCAUCGGGUGCGGAAUCAAGCCGCCCUGCUUGCAGGCCCUGAGCAUGAGAAAAGAGGGCAGUUUGCAAUGGCCAGCCGGCCUUGAUCCAGGAGCCAUGUCGCAGGCACUCAAGCAAGUACCAGGCAGAGGAGACCUGGGAAACUUGCAGAAGGAAUGGCAGAAGGAGGUGCAGCUGCCGAGCUUUUUCCACGGAGGGGCAGGACGUCCUGAAGGUCGCGGUGCUGUCGCAAAGCGGCUUGCCGUGGAGUGCAGGAGCUCUUUGAAUGAUCAGCAGGUGGUGGCUGCCAAAGCUGCCGAAGACUACGCAGCUGUCAUUUCUUGCCUUCCGGCUGGUGGUGACGAUCCCCCGAUGAGGGGAGUCCGCUGUUACACAAGUGCUCCAAACCAGCAGAGCAUCAUGGACUCUAUCAUUUUCAACCGCGUGUUCGACUGGAGAAGCCGUGAGCUGCACGACAAGGCUUUCAAGCGGAUGUACGGUGGUGCCGCUGGCAGGGUGUCUGCAGGCGUUGACCUGAACGGAAAACGUGUCAAGUAUUCGACGCCUUGGUUUGCCCGGCCCAAAACAUUGCCCAUGAAGCCCCAGGACCUGGCGGCCACCUACUGUGACCAAACACCUCCCGCGCCUGCGCCGGCCGCACCGGCAACCACCACACUGUACCCGCAGAAUCCCAAAGGGCCCCUUGCCAUCGACGACAAUGCCUGGACGCUGCUCUUCAAAGCGAAGCUUGGCGCGCUCUUCCCUGUGCUGAUCCUCUUCAUGCUGACCUUCUGUUUGCUCGCCCUGUCCAGCUGCAUGUUUUUCAAAGCCAAGAAAGCCGAGGCAGGGCUGAAUCUAAAUAUGAACCCCAAACAGGGACUACUAUGGAGCCUCUAG